CAAAUCCUCUCGAUCGUUCCUCUGCCGCGACGCGCGGCCCUCACGAUGCUCUGAGGAGGAAGGCGUGCGGGGGGACUCCCGGGAGGCGGCGGCGGCGGGCGGGCGGGCUCCGUCGCCUCCGAGGGAGGGGACGGGACGGAGUCGUGAUGUCCGGGAGCCGUUCAGCCGGUUCGGGCUCGGCCGGGACCAGCCCCGGAUCGUCGGCGGCCUCCUCGGUGACUUCCGCCUCCUCGUCCUUAUCCUCGUCCCCGUCGCCGCCCGCAGCCGCGGUGGCCGCGCUGGGCCCCGGCGGGACGGCGCAGGCCGCGGGAUCCUCGGGCGGGCUCGGAGCCCCGGCGCGGCCUGUGCUGAUGGCGCCCGCCGUGUCGGGCAGCGGGGCAGUGUCCGCGGGCCUGUCCCGGCCCAGCUGCGUGGCCAGGCCCAGCGGCGGCGGCGGCGGUGGCAGCGGGAGCAGCAGCAGCAGCAGCAGUAGCAGCAGCAGUAGGAAGCGGCCCCUCCUCGCCCCCCUGUGCAACGGGCUCCUGAACUCCUACGAAGACAAAAGCAACGAUUUCGUCUGUCCGAUCUGCUUUGAUAUGAUCGAGGAGGCAUACAUGACGAAAUGUGGUCACAGCUUUUGCUACAAGUGUAUUCAUCAGAGUUUGGAGGAUAAUAAUAGAUGUCCCAAAUGUAACUAUGUUGUGGAUAAUAUUGACCAUCUGUAUCCUAAUUUCUUGGUCAACGAACUAAUUCUCAAACAGAAGCAAAGAUUUGAGGAAAAGAGAUUCAAGUUGGAUCACUCAGUGAGUAGCACCAAUGGGCACAGGUGGCAAAUAUUUCAGGAUCUACUGGGAACUGACCAAGAUAAUCUUGAUCUGGCCAAUGUCAAUCUCAUGCUGGAGUUGCUGGUACAGAAGAAGAAACAGCUGGAAGCAGAAUCACAUGCAGCCCAACUACAAAUCCUUAUGGAAUUUCUCAAAGUUGCCAGAAGAAAUAAGAGAGAGCAGUUGGAGCAGAUCCAGAAGGAGCUAAGUGUUUUAGAAGAGGAUAUUAAAAGAGUGGAAGAAAUGAGUGGUCUAUACUCUCCCGUCAGCGAGGACAGCACAGUGCCUCAGUUUGAAGCUCCUUCUCCAUCACACAGUAGUAUUAUUGAUUCCACGGAAUACAGCCAGCCUCCAGGCUUCAGUGGAAGUUCUCAGACAAAGAAACAGCCUUGGUACAAUAGCACAUUAGCUUCAAGACGAAAACGACUCACUGCUCAUUUUGAAGACUUAGAGCAGUGUUACUUUUCUACAAGGAUGUCCCGUAUCUCAGAUGACAGCCGGACGGCAAGCCAGUUGGAUGAAUUUCAGGAAUGCUUGUCUAAGUUUACCAGAUACAAUUCAGUCCGGCCCCUGGCCACACUGUCCUAUGCUAGUGAUCUCUAUAAUGGGUCCAGCAUUGUCUCUAGUAUUGAGUUUGACCGGGAUUGUGACUAUUUUGCAAUUGCUGGUGUCACAAAGAAAAUUAAAGUCUAUGAAUAUGGCACAGUCAUUCAAGAUGCAGUGGAUAUCCAUUAUCCUGAAAAUGAAAUGACCUGCAAUUCCAAAAUCAGCUGUAUCAGUUGGAGUAGUUACCAUAAGAACCUGUUGGCCAGCAGUGACUAUGAAGGCACCGUCAUCCUCUGGGAUGGAUUCACAGGUCAGAGGUCAAAGGUCUAUCAGGAGCAUGAGAAAAGGUGUUGGAGUGUUGAUUUUAACUUGAUGGAUCCUAAACUCCUGGCUUCAGGCUCUGAUGAUGCAAAAGUAAAAUUGUGGUCCACCAACCUUGACAACUCAGUGGCCAGCAUCGAGGCAAAGGCUAAUGUGUGCUGUGUCAAGUUCAGCCCUUCUUCUAGAUACCAUUUAGCUUUUGGCUGUGCAGAUCACUGUGUCCACUACUACGAUCUUCGUAACACUAAACAACCAAUCAUGGUAUUCAAAGGACAUCGAAAGGCAGUCUCUUACGCCAAAUUUGUGAGUGGUGAGGAGAUUGUCUCUGCCUCCACAGACAGCCAGCUCAAGCUGUGGAAUGUGGGGAAGCCGUACUGUCUCCGUUCCUUCAAGGGCCACAUCAAUGAAAAGAAUUUCGUGGGCCUUGCUUCCAAUGGAGACUAUAUCGCAUGUGGAAGCGAGAACAACUCUCUUUACCUGUACUAUAAAGGACUUUCUAAGACUUUGCUAACUUUUAAGUUUGAUACAGUCAAAAGCGUCCUGGACAAAGAUCGCAAAGAAGAUGACACAAAUGAAUUUGUCAGUGCUGUGUGCUGGAGGGCACUGCCUGACGGGGAGUCUAAUGUGCUGAUCGCUGCUAACAGUCAGGGUACAAUUAAGGUGCUGGAGUUGGUCUGACGUUUUUUUACUCAAGUUAAGCUACAUGGAUCCUGCUGAAAUCACCUGCAGCUGCAGUAAGAGGAGCAGAAACUUGCUCAGUGCCCUGCCCCAGGGGCUCUGGGAGUUCUGGAUUGGUUCGGAGCAUUUUUUUCCCUUAAUUUCUUUCCCUUUUGACCUUUGGGACAUUGGAAAUACCCAGCAAACUCUCCACCACCAGCCUCACUGUAUGGACUUGGCUGCUGCUGGUGGUGGCCACCGCCAUCUGAUUUUUGUCAUAGGAAAAUGUUCUUUUGAACAAAAAUGAAUAACAAAAAAUAAUAAAUGUUUAUUGAGCCACA